AUGCGCCUUGUUCAAAUCCUGAUACUCACAAUUCUAUGCAUAAUUCUUAUCAAUGACGGAAUUUCCGCAGAUAAAAGCCAAAGAACUGAUGCAAAAGCCUACGAAAAACCUCGUGGCAUCCAACAUCCUGAAAAAUACAAAGAUAUUAAAUAUGCCGGAGAAGGCUGCGAAUGGUUUGGCACUGCACCAUUUUGUAAGGAGCUUUGUCCACUGGAUUACGAUCAUAUUCGCAGCCACAGCGGUCUUUGCUCAUGGAAAGAAUUGAUUACUGGUAAAACAAACUGUGUUCCUGACCGAAGUUUUGGAAGACCGUGUUUGUUCUAUGGAAUGAAACAUUUUUGUUGCAAGUUUGUUCUUAAAUUUCCGUUGCGAUUUGUUUGA